GUUAAAUUUAACGGAAGCACAACCCUUGUUCGUUGCAAAAUAAUUUCGUGCAAAUUUUCCAAGUUGCCGUUGAUGGUCUCUUCAUCCCCUUCCCACCAUUCUUCCUCUCUCUUCUACUCUUUUUAUUCUUUGCUCCAUCCACUCAAGUUUCAACGGUUCUAUAAAUUUUUUUCCCCAAAUUUAUAUUCUCGCUUCUUUUAGGGUUUCCAAAAGAAGAAUUCGUUACACUGUUUUCAAUUAAUUCAUUCAUUAAUCGAACUUUAACUGAAUUGACAGUGAUCAAGUAAUCAACGACCAAUCUCCGGCUGAGAGACGAUGACAUUUAUCGUCGGUAAUAAGGACAAAAACGUCGUCGCCGUCGGAGUUCCGGAACUUACUCUAAGAUUCUCUUCUGAUAAUGAUAAAGAUGUUGAGGAUCAUUUUGGUUACCCUUAUUUACGGCUCUUAGAAGAGGGUGAUAAAGUUGAUGAUUCGAAUACAAUUGUGGAUUGUAAUUCUUCAGAACCUUCAACACCCAGAACUAAAAUUGGUUGCUGUUUCAUCUGUAAAUGGAUUAAAUUGUUCUUACUAUUCGUCUUUUUAGGGGGUCUUGCUCUUGUUUUUUUCAAAUGGCUUGGGCCCUUCUUUAUGGAUAAGGGAAUUAUUCCUAUUAUAAACUGGGAGAGAUCUUCAUUCAGUACCCCUAGUCUUGCACUUUUAGUCUUUGUAACCGUGUCGUUGUUUCCUACCAUUUGCUUACCUUCCACCCCUUCCAUGUGGGUGGCUGGGAUGACUUUUGGUUAUGGAUUCGGCUUCCUAUUAAUCAUGCCUGCUGUGAUCAUAGGUGUUUCUCUUCCAUACCUUGUUGGUUCACUCUUUCGCCGCAAAAUCCAAGGUUGGAUGGAAAUGUACCCAAAGAAAGCUUCUCUCAUAAGAUUAGCUGGUGAGGGAGGAUGGCUUGAUCAAUUUCAAGCUGUGGUGUUGAUAAGAGUUUCUCCUUUUCCUUACAUCAUAUACAAUUACUGUGCAUUUGCGACAAACGUCAAAUAUGGGCCGUAUAUCUUGGGGUCAGUGUUAGGCAUGGUGCCUGAUGUUUUGGUUGCAAUCUACACUGGUAUAUUGAUAAAGACGUUGGCAGAUGCAUCAGACGAAAAGCAUUCACUCUCAGCACGAGAAAUUAUCAUGAAUGUUGUUGGAUUUGCUGCUACAGUUGCUACUACAAUCCUCUGCACAAUUCUUGCGAAAAAACGACUCAAGACUAUGCCGAUUGAGGACUAGCCACUGCUGCAGUGAGAACGUGAUUCUAACCAAUGAUUUGAGCGGUAAAUUAUUGGGAAUUGUACAGCCAAUGAAGAUUUUUUUCUAAAAAGGAAGGAAUACAGAGGGGAAGAUACUUGACCUGAAAUGCUGAACAAGAUAGUCAGCUAAGAGCUGAGAUUCAUGGUUGGUCCAUCAUUGUCUUUGUGCUCUCUCCUUCCCAUAUGCUGCGCGGCAACUAUAUUGUAUUCCCUCCUAUCCACCCUAAUAGUCCCGGUUGACUGGAUACAUUUGUCAAUGCAAUAAUUUUAUCGUUAAUAUCUUUAAUUGUGUAUAAUUAAAAAUUAUAAAAAGUUGAUAUGAAUGAUCUUUGCAUUAAAUGAAUCAAAUAAUAUCACACUUGACCAUGUCAUUACUUACAAAUAAUGAAAAAAAUAAUUCCUCGGUUUCUUUUCAAAUGCCCUAUUUACUUUUUAGUACUAUUCAUCAACCAUUAUUAAUUCGUAAUUUAUUCUUAAUCUAUAAAUUAAAACAUAGUUAAAUGGGGUCUUGUUUGAUUCAUCUCAAUAUAAGGUAUAUUAAUAUCUAUUUUUUUUAUAAUUUUUAAUUAUGCUCAAUAGAGAUAUAAAAGAUUAAAUUAGUGCAUUGACAAAUGUAUAAAAAACAAAUAAGAUGUUUGAAAAAAGACAAAAGGAAUACAAAUUAGAGAACAAGAAUGAACUAUUAGGGUAAACAGGAGGGAGUAUAUUAAAGCGUCUGGUUGCCCUGUAGUUGCUGGAGGUUGAUCAUAAUAUUGUUUAUUUAGUUACUGUAAGUGCUUACUUUGCACAUGUAUAAUAUUCACCAUGUAUGCUAGAUUUGGAGCCUAUUGUUCAUUUACAAUUGUUCGUAUGUUAUUGUUCAUUUGCAAUUGUUCAUAUGUUAGGUGAUCGUGAACGUUCACAUUGAUUGAAAUUUGUUUUCA